CCACUUCCUGAGCCUGGCGCUGGAGCCCUGGAGGCCAGGCCCGGCCGCUGCGGGCCCCCGGGGGCACUUCGGCCCUUUGUUCAGUCCCAGCCCUUGGGCUCCGGAGGCUGCUGCCACCAUUGCCCAGGACAUCCAGGGCCCCAUCUUCCUCCCAGGCCUGCACCCAUCUGAUUGACUGGCCGCCAUGCGCCUCCCCGGGGCUGCCUCCCCCUGCGGCCUGGCCUGGGGGCCACUGGUACUGGGCCUCUGCAGUCUGCUGGCAGCAUCCCCAACCCGGCUGGUGCCCCCAUACCACAUGGAGAACCAAACCUGCCAGGACCAAGAAAAGGAGUACUACAUGACCAAGCAUCGGGUCUGCUGCUCCCGCUGCAAACCAGGAACGUAUGUCUCUGCUGAAUGUAACCUCAACAAGGACACAACUUGCACCACAUGCCCUGAACAUUCCUACAACGAGCAUUGGAACCAUCUCUUCAUCUGCCAGAUGUGCCGGCCCUGUGAUCCUGUGCUGGGCUUCGAGGAGAUCCUGCCUUGCACUAGCAAACAGAAAACUCAGUGCCGCUGCCAGCCAGGAAUGACCUGCUCUUUCCUGAACCAUGAGUGUACACACUGCGAGCCACUCCCAGACUGUGAACCUGGCACUGAAACCCAGCUGAAAGAUGAUGUUGGAGAAGCUACCGGCUACUGUGUAGCCUGUAAGGCAGGAUAUUUCCAGAAUACCACCUCCCGCGGUGCCCGCUGCAGGCCCCACACCAGAUGUGAGGACCAGGGCCUGGUGGAAGCAGCCCCAGGCACCGCCCAGGCUGACACCAGCUGCAGAAAUGCACCAGAACCACCUGAGAUGACAGGAACCAUGCUGCUGCUGGCCAUCCUGCUGCCCCUGGCCUUCUUCGUGCUGCUCACCAUUGUCUUCACCUGCAUCUGGAAGAGCCACCCCUCUCUCUGCAGAAAGCUGGGAUCUCUGCUCAAGAGGCAUCCAGAGCAGGUGGAAGCUGAUGGAAGCUGGGAGCCUCCAAGGAUCAACCCACAUUUCCCUGACCUGGUAGAGCCACUUCUGCCCCUGUCCGGAGAUUUGUCCCUGGCCUUGACCAGGCACCCAGCAGCCUCAGUUGUGGAGAAGGAGGUGCUACAGCAGCAAAGUCCUCUGGUACAGGCCGGGGAGAUGGAGGCUGAGCCUCCAGAGCAAGGCCAACUGGCCCACGGUACAAACGGUAUUCACGUCACUGGCGGGUCUGUGACUGUCACUGGUAACAUCUACAUCUACAAUGGGCCAGUCCUGGGGGGAGGACGGGGCCCCGGUGACCCCACAGCUGCUCCGGAGCCUCCAUACCCCAUCCCGGAAGAGGGUGCCCCUGGCCCUCCAGGGCUCUCUACACCCUUCCAGGAAGAUGGCAAAGCUUGGCACCUGGCGGAGACAGAAACCCGGGGGUGCCAUGCCCUCUAACAGGACCAAGGACCCAAUUUGUCACCCAUGUCUGAUGGUGUCUGGGAAAAGCCAGGAGAAGGGAGAUUCAAGAGCACCCUCUCCCCAAGCUGCCCCACCCACACAGGAUUGACAGAGGACCUGGGUAGGCCCGAGGGGCAGAGCCCUAGGGGGCCAGGCCUCUGACACCUCUCUGAGAGCAAGACUGGCACUGGCUGGGAACGGGGCCGAAGAAGGACUCUCACCACUGCCUGAGCAAGUCGGAGACUUCAAUGCAGACACCCCUGCUCACUGGGGCUGUGCCAGCUCCGCUUAGGCACAGGUGGGGCCUGUAGCCCUCACUGCUGCCCACACGGCACUCUGCACCCUAAGCCUGCCACAGAAGAGAGCCGGCCACACGGUCCCUUGUGAGGACAUCACUGGGACUUCUAAGGGAUUCGUGGUGCUCAUCCCCAAGCUUUGGAGGCCCUCGGAGGGCCCGCAUUUUACAAGGACUGAGGUAGUCCCUCUAUAACGUUGGCAUUGCGUGAAGGAACCCCGCCCCAUCCCAGAGUCGAAAGGGUUUCUGGACAGACUGGGAGUUUGGUUUGGGAUUCUAGGGAUAAGGGGGAGUUGCGGAGGGGGAGGAAAAUAGUAAGUGUAUUUAUCAAGUGUAACCACAUGCAAAUAAAGAAGAGACUGAGAUCUAGACUAUUUUCUUGGGAUUUAUAUAG